AUGCCAUCACAACUACGGACUCCUUCAUUCGAAUUGCCGAAGACUGAUAGCGACAGGCGGUUCUUGGAAACCGACUAUCCCUCUGAAUGGGCCGAAGCGUACCGGCCGGGUGGCUUUCAUCCCGUGAAUUUGGGUGACUCUUUCAAAGAUGGACAAUAUAGGGUGAUACGGAAGCUGGGUUAUGGUUCUUUUUCAACCGUUUGGCUGGCAAAAGAUCAUUUAAAUGCACGCUACGUGGCAUUGAAAGUGAUGAAAGCCAGAGCAUCUCUCAAGCCCGAACCCGUAUUGUCCAUUAUAAAGAGGAUCAAAGACCACUCUGAUGAUUCAAUGGCCAAGCAUAUUCUGAUUUAUCGGGACAUUUUCCAGCACCAAGGACCUAAUGGGACCCAUCUUUGUCUUGUCUCUGAGCCCAUGGGACCGACUGCUGCUUCUUUGGCCGAAGAGCUCAUACCAUUCGAGAACAGGACAUACGACCGGACAAUUCGCUAUCCAAAAUAUAUGGCGAGAAUUAUUUUGAAGCAUACAUUGAUUGGACUGGCCUUUCUGCACAAGAACGACAUCGUUCACGCGGAUUUACAGCCUGGAAAUAUACUUCCAGCCACUUCUGAAAUCGAUGCUCUCUGUGAAGAUGACUUGAAGCAAGAUCAGUCAGGCCAGGAUCACUACCCAAAGCCUCUCACUCUUCAACGAAUUGAUGGCCUCGAAGAUAUAUGGGCUCCUCGUCGCCUAUAUCUAGAUCAAUCACUUCUAAGAUAUACGCCUAUCGACUCCAGGAUGUUGUGGAAGAUCUCAGAUUUUGGUUCCGCGUUCUUGACUCAAACCCCUCCCAAAGCAGUAGUCACACCUGACGCUCUCAGAGCUCCGGAACUCAUAUUGGGAGGAGUAGUCAAUUCAAGCAUUGAUAUCUGGAGCUUCGGAUGCCUUGUUUACGAAUUUCUGACCGGAGACACGCUGUUUUGUGUUCCUAAGCUUGGUCCGAACGAAGAAGAGAGUGGUGACGAUGAUCAUCUGUUGCAGAUGAACGAUAUCUUGGGACCAUUGCCGGAGGCCUGGCUCAAACAUAAGUGGCCACGCGCCAACCAAUAUUUUGGUCCUAAUCGGGAGAGGUUGGAUCCGAACGCCGGCCAGAAUGCUGGUUAUCAGCAAGAACCAUAUAUCGACGAGCCUCUGGAGCUCUUAUUCGAGAAGAACAAGCCCGAGAACAUGGAUGGGACAGAAGCAAGCGUGAUCACAUCUCUUAUCCGAGGCAUACUUCAGUACGAUCCGUCACAGAGACCGUCAGCUGCAAAACUUCUAGAACACCCUUGGUUUCAAGACUGA